GUUUUUGAUCUGACAGUCAAAUAUAGAAGUUAAAUGUAAGGAUUGCUGCUAUAUGAUCUGAAAUUUAUGUUUUAUGGAGAUCUAAAACAAUAAUAGAAGAACAGAAGACUCAGCUGAUUGGUCAGGAGAGAAGAUAGGGUGGAGUAUACAACGUAACGUGUGGUGGUAUAAAUAGGAUCCAGGGCCACAUUCUCCUGCAGGCGAAGGGAUGACAGACUACAGACGACAACUUGCUGUUCAUGGGAGUUUAUCUCCAAUCACACAUUGAGGAUAAUAUCCCCAUCACUCAACACCAAACUGCCAGGAUGGAGAUGUCCAGCACGACGGUCCUGCCGAUGGUUGGCCUCAGAUCAACGGCCCAGUCGGCAGGACUCGCAGAGAUCGCCGUCAGACUCUUCUUGAACCAACGUAAACAACUGUGUCCUCAUGUUUGGGUUCCCAUCCUGAAGCCUCAGCGUCCUUGCAUCCGUCCUCCAGUUUCAGAUCAGCUGCCCUCAGACAUGUUGAGCCAAGCCUAUCUGACACACCCUGUGCCAUUUUUCUUGGACGACUUGGACGACGAUGAUGUUUUGCUCCCGGUCAAGAACAAACAUGUGGUUUUCGCCGACUCGAGGGGAUUGUCUCUAACAGCCGUGCGAGAGUUCUCAGAUGAAGAGGAGCAGGCUGACCUCGACCUCCUGCCAACUCUGCAGGACUUGGGAAGCAUGACAGAGGAUGGCUACAGCUGCACCGUCAGCACCUGCUGCCCAGGAACCCGGCUCAAACUGGGCUUCCCGCAGCCCUCUGCAGAUUUCCAGGCUUUCCGUGCCAAGCUCGAAAAAAGCAUGGUUAUCCUGGAGAACUGCAGUGUCAACGAACAGGCCAUCCAAGGCACCGUCCGAGUCAGGAACCUCAGUUUCCGGAAGGAUGUGCGUGUACGCGUCACCUUUGACUCGUGGCAGAGCUACAGAGACGUGGCCUGCACGUAUCUGCAGAAACGCUUCGGGGGACCUCAGACAGACAUCUUUGAAUUUGACAUUGCCGUUCCCAAAGUACUUGAUGCCAAAAGGAAGAUUGAAUUCUGUUUGAUUUAUAUACCAGGAGGGCACGGCGAGCCUUUUUGGGACAAUAACAACGGACAGAAUUACAGCAUCGCCGUGUGCGUGAGCUCACAUCUCUGUCGCGGGAAGAAUCUAAGUGAAAGGGCGUGACUCACUGGAUCCCUGUCUUGUCACGUAUAAUAUAUCAGUCCUGGGUAAAGAUGAAGUGGGUAUUUUUUUAUUUACAUUUGCAUUUUCGUAGAUGUUUCUUAGUGACUGCUUUGUAUAAAAACAGUUAUGUCAGUUA